GUCAUCUGUGAGAACUGGAGAAAUGGCUAAACUGACCCAGCUUAUUGACAAUGAAGUCUUCCGGGCUUAUGCCACCUAUACAACUAUUGUUCUCAUAAAAAUGAUGCUAAUGAGUGUUAUAACAGCAUUCUUCAGAUUCAGAAGAAAGGCAUUUGCCAACCCAGAAGAUGUAUCAUCAUUUGGUAAAGGCGAGAAUGCUAAAAAAUAUCUGCGGACUGAUGCAGAUGUUGAACGUGUGCGCAGAGGCCACCUGAAUGACCUUGAAAAUAUUGUCCCAUUUCUUGGCAUUGGACUGCUGUAUGCUCUUAGUGGCCCUGAGCUGUCCACAGCCUUGCUGCAUUUCAGGAUCUUCGCUGGGGCUAGGAUCUUUCACACUAUUGCGUACUUGACCCCUCUUCCGCAGCCUGGCAGAGGUUUGUCUUGGGCGGUUGGGUAUGUGGUUACCAUCUCAAUGGCAUACAAUGUGCUGAAGACUGGGCUGUACCUGUAACAGAGCCAUAGCUUCUGUGUAUCAUUCAUCAUUCCUUGUGAAGUUUCCAGCAGUGGGUGUCGAUAUCUUGAAUGAGCCAUGGUAAAUUUUACAUGGUGGCUAGAAUUCAGUUUUUAACAGAGGCUUUUCAUUCCUGUUUAGAAAUACUUUU